AUGGUGCUCUGGGAGACCUGCGCUGUCGUCUUCCUGCUCGUGGCGCAACACUGCCCAACUAGAAAAGACUCUAAGCUAGGCUCCGGUUGCGAGAGGAUAAAGGCCUACACCGCAGGGGGCGCCACGGACUCGGAGCUGUUGGCCAACUUCCGUCGCUGCCAGCGGAUGUGCAACCGCGUGCUGAGCAACACCAGCCUGCUCGGGGUCAUGGUAGGCAUCGGCGAGAACCUGCAGAACGCCACCGUGACCGUGGGCACGGGAAUCCGGGGAGGCAUCCAGGGAGUCGCCACGGGCGUGCGCAAGGGCACGGCCGCCAUCGUUGACAACGUCAGGAAGAACAUUCAGGGUGUGCGGAACGGCAUCCAGUCCCAGCACCCCGAGACCAAGGACACCGCAGACGAGCCAGACUCGAUGGCCGUCAACCACGAAGCCUACCAUCCCACCAUGAUCGCCGUUAAAUAG